AUGGUUGUGAGGUAAAUUUGUGGGAUUUUAGGCCUCUUGUCUUCCCCAUCCAUGUGUUUGCAAUGCAAUAAAAACCCUUACUACCAGACCACCAGGGGUGGAGGAAGUAAUAGUAUAUUUAUUCCGAACAAACCCCCCAACUUGAGUCUUUAAUUACUAACAACUAAAACCUAAUUUGGUAAUUAGGUACAGCAUCCUCGAGCAGAGCACUCCCCCGUUGCCUUCCCCAUUGCAGCACCAGAUAGAUAUCAAUGAAGAUUGCCAUAGAAGGAUGCAUGCACGGGGAUCUGGAUAAUGUUUAUGCAACUCUCUUGCAUUUACAACAAGUUGAGAGGACAAAAAUUGAUCUUCUAAUUUGUUGUGGUGAUUUCCAGGCCGUUAGGAACGAGAAGGAUUUGGAAAGCUUAAGCGUACCACCGAAAUACAGGAGCAUGAAUUCUUUCUGGAAGUAUUACUCAGGAGAAAAAGUUGCCCCCUUUCCAACUAUAUUCAUCGGAGGAAACCAUGAAGCAUCCAAUUACCUCUGGGAACUAUACUAUGGAGGAUGGGCAGCACCACAUAUAUACUUCUUGGGAUUUGCAGGCGUCGUCAAGUUUGGAAGUGUUCGCAUUGGUGGUCUUUCUGGAAUUUACAAGUCUAACCAUUAUCAUUUAGGACAUUUCGAAAGGCCUCCAUAUAAUGAUAGGGAUAUCAAGUCAGUAUACCAUGUACGCGAGUACGAUGUUCACAAACUCAUGCAAAUUGAAGAACCUGUCGAUAUAUUUGUUUCACAUGAUUGGCCCGUUGGUAUCACUGACCAUGGAAACUGGAAACGUCUUGUACGCGAUAAGCCUUAUUUCAAGGAGGAGAUUCAGGAUAGAACUUUGGGAAGUAAACCUGCUGCAGAGUUGCUAGAAAAGUUAAAACCGCCUUACUGGUUCUCGGCUCACCUGCAUUGCAAAUUUGCUGCUUUAGUUCAACACGGCGAUGAAGGUCCCGUAACAAAAUUUCUUGCACUCGAUAAGUGUAUCCCUGGACGAAAAUUUUUGCAGAUUAUUGAAGUUGAAUCGGAGCCUGGGCCAUAUGAGAUUCAGUAUGAUGAAGAGUGGCUAGCAAUAACUCGUAGAUACAAUUCUAUUUUUCCUCUGACUAUGAAAAGAUCGUAUUUUGGGGGUAAACAAGUUGACAUGGAAGAUAGUCGUCAGUGGGUUAGAAGUAAGCUGCAAUCUAGAGGGACUAAACCUUUUGAGUUUGUGCGCACGGUUCCAUGCUAUAAUUCUUUUGAGACUGGUGCUAGUGGUUCCUUUUCUGGGCAUAAUCGUAAUCCUCAAACAGAAGCUUUGCUAGAGUUUCUAGAACUUCCAUAUGUUCUUGAUGACAGUGAGGUGGCAGAAUCUUCAGUUUCCAGAGUUGAAGACGGAGGAGGAGGAGGAGGCGUUGAGGAUGCGGAUGAAAUACAGCUUCCAGAGGAAGAAGAUGAUGAUGAUGAUGAUGAUGAUGAUGUUGAGGAUUAGAAACAGAUCUUAACUUGUUUUUUUUUAUUAUUAGCAAGCAUGUAAUCAUUGUGAGUUGUAAGGUUUGGGUGUCAAGGUACUUACUGCUAUCACUUUUAACCACCAUACUUUUACUUGCCGGAAUUUAUAGGUUUGUUUUGAUUUAGGAUGUA